AUGAAUCAAUCCGAGGCAUCUGUAUCUAAGUCAGUUUCAUCAGUAAGCCUCAGCGUUCAAGAUUCAGAAAGCCUAACCCAAGGAAAAUCGAGCUUCUUUGACAACAUUUUCCCUCUUUUCGACCAAAUGAUGCAAAAAACGAAGUUUCCUGUGUGGUUCCUCAGCCUUGUGGCUGUCUUUAUGUUGUUCCAAGUACUAUCAAUUACCUUCUGGAUAUAUGCUCCUCCUUUUAAAAACACUUCAGGAAAAUGGUCGACGUUAUAUACAAUUUUAAUCAAGAUUUUUACAUUCCAAGACCCGCUUGACUUCUUAGGUUACCAUAACAUGAACAUGUACAUAUGUGUUGGCGUUGCAUUUGUUUCUUGUAUCUGGAUCAUUUUAAUGAUAGUCUACAACAACAAGAAAUAUAUGAUUCCAACAGCAUUUCUGUAUAUCUCAAGUAUAAUAAUUGAUAUCGUUGAUCCAUGCUUCAUUACUCCAGCAGUUUUUGUUUCAUGCCACGGUAUUACUAGUUUAUAUAGGCAUUUUGACUUUCAACUCAUCAUUGAAGUAUUAAUUGGCUUUGUUACAUACCUUUUCUUCGUUUCUUGCUUCGUAAUCAGCCUCAAGUUAAAAUCAAGAUCUGUGGUUCUAACAAAUUUGACAUUUCCAUUAUUUGACUCAUCACCAAUCACAACAUGGGUUAUAACAACUUCUUCAGGUUGCUUAUUUUCAGCAAUUGCUGAUAUAUACGAUGAUUGGAUUUAUGUUGCUCUUGGUGUUGUUCACUUGGGCACCACAAUGUAUGUUUGUUAUUGCCUAUUGUUCAUUCCAUUCUACGAAGUCUGGAGAAACUCUAUUUGUCUUUCAAUUGGCAUAACAACAUGUGUUUUAGAUAUCAAUUUCUUCGUUUUAUAUGCCUUUCCAAAGUUUACAUUCAACUAUACAAUCUUCAUAUUUGUUGGAUGUUUGUUAAUCAGUUACAUAUUAACAACAAUUUAUUUCAAGAAGAAAGUUUCAAAGAUCACAAACCAACUAAAGAAACAAGAAAACUUUGCUACCCCAUCAGAAUAUUUGGACACGCUCAACAUUGACAAGAGCACAAGAAAAGCUAUGAUGUAUAUCGUUGUUGGAUUGGCCACACUUGGAGAAUACUUUGUUGAUGGUUCACUUACUGAUUACAUUAUUAAUAUUGGAACAAUGGAGUCUUCUAUCUCAAUUUUACUCCAAGUUGUAACAUUCUUCCCAUCUGAAUCGCGUAAAAUGGAUCUCUUGUUCAAGAAACUUUUCAAAAAGAGGAAGAUGACAUUUGCUGACAGGUUCCUCAUUUAUCAAGUUUACAGAAUCAAACUAAGAAGAUUGAUGUCAGAUACAAAAGAUACAAUUGAAACUUUCAACAAACUUAAGACCAAGAAUGAUCAAUGCAAAGUUGUCAUGAGAAAUUUCUGGGAUCAAACAUCAGCAGAUGUUAGUUAUCUUUCAUCGAUAAGUAUCAUAUUGAAUGAUUUAGAUUCAUUCUUCAAAUACGCUAUAUCAAACAAUCCAAAUAAUCUUAGAAUAGCAAAUGAAUAUGCUGACUUUUUAGCAGAAUGUAUGACAGAUUUUGAUAAAGCAAUUUAUCAAAGUGUUAGAGCUGAAUUAAUAGGAAAUGGACGAAACUUCAAUGUUGAUAUCUCAUUCAGAAGUGUUGUCAACAAAUUCCCAAGAUACCUCAAAGACCAUAUUUUAGAUUAG